CAACACUGCCAAAAUCAGCUGUUCGGAAAGAACAAAGUAAAGAAUUACUUAACUGUCAUUUGAAUUAAAAAAUAGUCGGAGUCUUCAAAAUAUUAUAAAAUGCCGGAACAAAACAAUACUGAUCGAAGGACAGAUGCUUCCCUAGAAGAUGUUGCUUCUUUUAACAAAGAAUAUUCUAAGGACAUGGACAUAUUCCGCGAUACUUUCAUACGUUACAUGGGCUACAGCAAUGAAAUUGGCGAGGCAUUUCGACCCCUGGUAUCUAAAUCCCUGGUAGCGGCUUCCUACGGCAUGGCCAUCGGAUAUGUGUGCACGGAUACGUUCGACAAGGCGCUGCGCCUCCGGAUGAACGGAGCCCCCAACCGGGAGGUGCUCGUCAAAGGCGGCGAUGUGUUCUCCUGGCAGAUGCUGGCCUCGGUAACGAUUCCCGGCUUAGUAAUCAAUCGGAUAACCUGGGCUACCCGCCUUGCGAUGAGACGGGCUCCUGUUGUCUUCCUCAAGACAGUGCCCACACUGGUGGGCCUGGCCAGCAUUCCACUGAUCGUGCAUCCCAUCGAUAACCUUGUGGAUCGUGUGAUGGACGCCACAUACCGCAAGCACAUACGGUAGUGAAGAUCGUGCAUGUCAGUUACUUGUAAUAUACCCCUGGUGAUAGUGAUAGUUAUUAAUUGGGAAGUGUUCUCGAAGCCAAGCUUUGAUGCCAAAAUCCAUUGUAAUGCUCCAAGGAUUGCUAGCUUUACAGUUGGUUUAUUGCAAUCGAGAUUAAGUAAAAAAAAUAAUGUACAACACACUCUACAAAAAAAUAAAUCUUUAUACACAAUUGAGGCCACAUGGUGGAAUGCCGGAUUGGGAUCACCUCUAUCUGGUCCACUACUACUGCUCCUCUUCGUCGUCGCUAUCGAUCAGAUAGGGACUGUCCAGAGCACCUAAGCCGGCCGCCACGCCGCCCUCGUUGGCGGUGGAGAGCUUGGUCCGGAGCAUAUGACCCGCCUGGUAGUUGUGCACAAUGUUAUCCGCAUCGCCGAUCACCACUCCGAAGAUGCCCAGCUCUGAGACCAUGUCCACGAUCUGGGGCGGCAUCUCGGCACCAGGACGCACCAUA